CUAUCAGUAGAAUUCAUCAAGUGACAUUUACUAAUCAUAGAAAUAGAUGUAUUCCUAUAUAUUACUGUACGAUAUCAUCGGGAUUUUCAUAAAAUCUUUGACUAUUCCAAUUUAGGAUUUAUGAUAAGAUUUUGACGUAAUCUUUUGAAGCAUGAUAGCGCACACGUUCACGCUUUGGUUCGUAAAUAUUACGAGUUUCAACUCGCAGAAUAGCGGUAGAACUACAUAUGGUAAAACACUGUUUACUUGUUAACCUUUAAUCAUAUAGUACAAAUGAAAUAUGCUAGGCGGUGAUUCAGGUUUAAACGAAGGAGUGAUGGUUGGCUUUACAAGGCUUAAUUCGAAGCAAGAAGACAUUCAAGUUCACCAGAAAGAAAUUCUUGGUGUUUCUUAUGAAGGAAAUGCAAGAUGGAAGAAGAAAACAAUGUAUGCUCGAUGUGGAGUAGGAGUCCUAACUAUCAUAUGCACCAUAUUAAUGAUAGCUCUUCUUCUCACUUUUGAACUUAAUCUUGCAUGUAACUCCAACAAUGGAACAACCAGCUCCAAUGGCAGACAAUCUUUAGAAAGUGCUGCCAAGUUCCUUCUUUUUUCAGAUUUACAUUUGGAUGAUUUCUAUGAUGAUUCAGUUGGCCCAGACCCCACAAACUGUAGAAUGUUAGGAAACUACAGCAAAGCCAGCUAUAAAGCACCCUAUGGACGAGUAGACUGUGACUCACCAUUAACAUUGAUUGACAGCAUGUUAAAAGCAGCUAAGGGAAUUAGCCAGGAUUACAACUUUGCUUUAAUGACAGGGGAUUUUUCUGCUCAUAAGAUGGAUCGUCCAUACUUCACAAAUUCUACGGUGCCACAUCAUGUGCUGCAAAACAUUGCUUUAGCUGUAAACAGUAUUAGAAAGGAAUUUCCUUCUACACCUGUAUUCCCUAUACUUGGAAACAAUGAUCUACCUGACCAUUAUGUCCUUCCAUUGGAUGAAACAUGGUACAAUGAAACCCUUGUCCUUUUUGCACCUCUUAUCCUGUGCAGUGGUUGUCCUGCAGAAGUGCCAAAACCAACAUCUAUGGAUAUCCUGGAGAAGACUUACUUGGAUGGUGGUUAUUACAGUGUCAACUUGACAACAAAACAUGGGCCAAUUGUUCUCAUUGUCUUAAAUACUAUGUACUGGAAUGUUUAUGCAAGCACAGGCAACCCAGUCAUUCAAGCUGUAGCUAGACGACAAAUGGCAUGGUUUCAUAGACAACUAAAACAGGCAAAGAUCAAUGACCAAAAAGUUAUCAUAGCUAGUCAUAUUGCUCCAGGGAUUGAUCCUUUUAAUGGUGCAAGUUUUUGGUUAAGUAACUACACAGAUAUGUAUAUCAAAAUAGUUACUGGGGAUUAUAGAAAUGUUGUUGCAGGUCAGUUUUUUGCUCAUAUUCACAAGGAUGAUUUUCACCUACAAACACAACAGGUCCAUAUGUUCAGCCAGCCACCUGCUAAUACAUCAUUUGCAAUCUUUUCGCCUUCUGUAUCUCCUGUCUAUUCCAAUAACCCUUCUUUUAGGGUGGUGUAUAUUGACGAAGAAGAAAGAGCUUUGCUGGAUUAUGAUCAGUAUUAUUUGAAUCUAGUCAUGGCAACAGAAUUCAAUGCAACCAACUGGCAGUUUAGUUAUCGAUUUAGCGAGCAUUAUCCGUCAUCUAUUCCCUAUAUCAAUGCUGAUCGUAUAUAUGAGCUAAACCAAGGUCUGUUAAACACGACAAGUGACAAAAUUUGGCUUAACUACAUCUUCUCACGUACAGUAAAUUACCAACCAGGAACUUAUUCACGAUUCCAACUUUACUGUGCAAUGAGAUAUGUGUUUAAUGAAGGGUACCAGAAGUGCAUCUCUAAGUACAAUGUUCCAGGAGGAUAAUACAAAUUAGUGUAGCAUAACCCGUGCAAAAAAAUGUUCUUGGAAGUUAUUAUAUAUAUUAUUUUUUAAUAUAUAUUUUUAAUGUUUUCCUUACAAAAACUGUCAAUGAGUUAUAAAGUAGAUGGUGGAUUAAGAACACAA